UGAAAACAGCGCCAACACCGAUCUAUUUUCGUCUUAGUAAGCUUCUUGCAUUCGUAAUAGUGACUGUUUCUAUAACAAGUGCAACACAAAGUAUAUAAAUAUUUGAAAAUAUUGUCUAAAAAUGAGUGCACUUAAAAUAGAAUCAGAGGUAAAGGUCGAAUCGGAACCGUGUGUAGUGGCCUGGGACAACAAUACAUUGUUUGUUGGCACGGAAACUGGAACCAUCUUUUCUUACGACAAAAACCUAUCACCGGGUGGAAAGUGGACUGCACAUGAAACGCAAGUGUUUGCAUUGACUGCGGCAAACGGCAAUGUAUACUCAUCCUCAAAUGACGGAGGAGUCCGUGUCUGGUCUGCUAAGGGUGACAAAGUCGCUGAGCUUCCACCGACCGGAGGAGAUAUCGGGGCUUUGUGUGUGCAAGAUAACCAGUUAAUUGCUGGCGACGAAAGUGGCAAUGUUGUAAUUUAUGAGAACAAUGACGUAAAAGCCAAGUACCAGGUCCUCGAAGAAGUGAAAGAUAUAUGUUUGAAAACACCCUAUAUGUUUACUGCGCGAGAUUUAUAUGUUACCGUCACUGAAAUAAAACCAGAAGAAUCUAAGACUCGGUUCACAACCCGGCACACGAUGGAUGGGCGCGCGCCGAUGCGGGUAGCAGGCGCCCGGCUCGUCGUCACCGCAAGGGGGGCCAACAAUCUGCAGCUACAUGAUGCAUCCAUCGAUACUAAGUUCAAAAAACUACAUGAAGUCAAGGUAAGUGAUAUGAUAUUAACCAGUCUAUCAGUGAGCGAAGACCAUGCGUGGACAGGUGGUUGGGAUGGUAUCGUACGACGAUGGAAGAUCGUCGGUGACCAAUUCCAACCAGCAGGGGAGGUAAACCUGGGUGCCUGUGUGAAUGCGGUUGUUGCUACAAAAUCUGAUGUAGCUUAUGCCAUAAUAACAGGAGGACGAGUAGUUUGCCUAAAAGGCACAUAAUCAACAUUUUUUACAAGUAAUGAAUUAACUGUAUAUUUUGUGUAAUCCAUAUUUUCAGAUAUUAUUGUA